AUGUCAUCACUUCGAAAUGCAUUACAACGAAGAAAUCAUAAAGAACGUGCUCAACCACGUUUUCGACAAAAAUAUGGUUUACUCGAAAAACGUAAAGAUUAUGUUCUUCGAGCUAGAGAUUACCAUUCGAAACAAGACCGGUUAAAAGCCAUGCGUGAAAAAGCUUAUUUUAGAAAUCCCGAUGAAUUUUAUUUUAAAAUGAUUAAUUCAAAAACCAAGGAUGGAGUUCAUGUGUUGGAACAUGAUUCAGCUUUAUCUGGAGAAGCUAUUAAAUUAAUGAAAUCACAGGAUUUGAGUUAUGUUAAAACUCAACGCGAUCUUGGCAAUAAGAAAAUAGAAAAGAUACAAAGUGAAUUACAUUUUAUUGAACCAGAAUCCAUUGAAGAUAAGAUAGAACUUGAAGAGAAAAUAAAGGAGAAAGUAAAAUCACAACCACAACACAUCAUAUUUGUUGAUACUCCUAAAGAAGCCAAAACCUUUGAUCCGGCAAAGCAUUUUAAUACUUUACCGGAAUUAGUUAAUAGAAAGUUUAAUAGGCCUCGUAUUGAGACAUUACAAAAUGAGAUUAUAAUGUUUCCGGAAGAUGAGACAGAAUUAAUUAGAUUACAUAAGCAAAAAUUAAUAAAAUAUAAGGAAUUAUCAGCGCGUAUGCAAAGACAAGAAGAGUUAAGAAAGAAAGAAAGUUGGUGUAGAUAA